AAUACUGCGGCUUCGCAGAAUUCUCUUUAGAAGAAAACCUUUGGUGAUACAGAGCAGCUUUAGCAGCAGACGAAGACAGAAAAAAGCUUGGAGAUGCUUGGAUUACAAAAGAACCUGCUUGUGGCGGCAGUGGCUCUGGCUGUCCUGGUUGUGGUGAGGCCGUCUCCACUGGUGGGACCCGAGCCCAUCCGCUGUGCCCCCUGCACGCAGCAGAAACUGAACGACUGCCCGGCUGUCCCGGCGGACUGCAAGCAGGUCCUCCGGGAGCCGGGCUGCGGCUGCUGCAUGGCCUGCGCCCUGGACAAAGGGGCGUCCUGCGGGGUUCACACAGCUUCCUGUGCUCAGGGGCUCCGCUGCACUCCCAGGCCCGGCGAGGCCAGACCACUCCACGCUCUGACCAGAGGGCAGGGCAUCUGUACUGAAGAUGACGGACAAGAAGAAGCCGUUUCUGAUCAAAGCUCUCUUCAUUACUUGUUUGGGAUGAAUCUUCCCUCUGAAUAUCAAGAUUUCGCAGAAGGUCAUGAGAGUAUCAAAGCCAAGGUCAACGCCAUUCGGGGAAAACUGGUCCAGCAGGGUCCAUGUCACAUCGAACUGCAUGCAGCGCUGGAUAUGAUAGCCAGCUCACAACAGGAACUAGGAGACAAAUUUACGACUUUCUACCUGCCCAACUGUGACAAGCAUGGCUUCUACAAAGCCAAACAGUGUGAAUCCUCUUUGGUGGGACCGCCCGCUCGCUGCUGGUGCGUAUCUUCUUGGAAUGGAAAGAAACUUCCAGGUUCAAGCGACCUCCUUGGCGAUGCAGAGUGCCAGCAGGAAGUUACGCAAUGAGACCAUCCUUCAAACCGUUUGUUUCUUUUUUAACUUAAGUUAGGGUGAAAAUGUAAAAAUAUGCAAAAAAGCAGAAAUGCAUCAAUUGCAUGUCGAUCCUAUUUAUUCUCUACUUGUACAUCUCUGUCCACAUUCACUGUUUUUCUGUCAUCUUCAGUAGUUUUCAACUCUAUACAUCUUUUGACAAAACGACUCCAUCGCUCAAAACUACAAGCUAAUACUUCUUCAUCAGAAGCUAAACCUGACGCCGCUCGCUCAGUCAUUACUGUUGACUUUGUCUGAAUGUAUCUGCUUCUGAAAGUAUUUGCACAAACAUUUCGAGGCUCAUCCGAACCACUGUGGGCUUUGACAUGUGCUGGUCAGCAUCUAUCUACCUCUGCUAGUCUAUGCAGGUUCACUGGUUGAGCAGAGAUCUCAUCUUUCAUUAUUUGUUAUUUAUUUGAUUGUUCUUAUGUUUGUAUUACGGAAUGUUCUUUGCAAAACAAAAGCUGCAAUUUUGUCAAAGCUUGUACAUAUUUUAAUUAUUCAUGUGUGAUUAAAUUAUCUGAUGGAAUUAUGUCGUUUGAUUGAAAAUGAAAGAACAAACACUUUUACAGCCUUUAUUAAGUAAAAAUAGACUUCUGAGGGUCACACUGGACAUGCAAACAUAUUCAUCUAUUCUUUUUUUUUUGUUUUUCAGACAAGUGCAGAAAAAAAUAUCACUUUUUUAGCUUAUGCGAUGUGACAACAAAGGAGUAAUACUAGAGCGACAGACAACUGUGUCACUUUGGAGUUUGAUAUCCAGGCUUAAACACUGCUUGGAAACAUUUGAGCUGCACAGAAAUCUCCAUUAGGCACUGCAGGAUUUACUGUCGGACAUGGUCAUGUAUGGGACACAAUUUUGUCCCAUCCGGCCUUUCAUACUUAUUUGUACAUUUCAUGGUCAUCGUGAUAACAAUGUCUACGUAAAAAAAGAAAAAAA